AUGCCCCCGCUGGCAGGCUUCUCCGACAACCCCUUUGCCACCCGUGCCGACUGUGACGCCGCCGCCAGAGCCAUACUCGAUGCACUGACUCCAUACCAAUCUCCCGCCGGCGCCCGCAUCAGGCUCCCACUGACCACCGGAACGCACUUUGAUGAUGUCGCCGCCCAGCUCGAGGGAUAUGCCCGUCCGCUCUGGGUCGUGGGCGCGCUGCUGCACUCGCACGCCCUCAGUGCAGCCGACAAGACGCGGCUCGUAGAUCCAUAUGCCAGAGGCCUGGCCAGCGGUACCAACCCAGACCACCCGGAGUACUGGGGCCCCGUCGUGCUGCGCGACCAGCGCAUGGUCGAAAUGGAAAUCAUAUCCUUUGCGCUGCUCGCCGCCCCAGACACCAUGUUCGCCUCGCAGACCGACGAGGCCAGGAACAACAUCACGGCGUGGCUCAUGACGCUCAACGGCAAGGACUUUCCAACCACCAACUGGCUCUGGUUCCGCGUCAUGACGAACCUCGCGCUGAUCAAAGUAUGCGGCGUGCCCCAGGCCGAGGUGCUCGACGCCAUGAAAGCCGAUCUGGAUCUCAUGGAGCAGUUCUACCUGGGCGAAGGCUGGGCUGCCGACGGCAUAUGGAGCGACGAGGGGAGGCAGGCCGACUACUACUCUGGCAGCUUCGCGAUACAGUUUUCGCAGCUAAUCUAUGCAAAGAUGGCACGGGACCUGGAUCCAGAGCGGUGCGAGCGGUUCCAGGGUCGAGCACGCGAUUUUGCAAUGAGCUUUUGGCGCUACUUUGAUUCAAACGGUGCCGCGAUCCCCUUUGGCCGCAGUCUGACGUACCGGUUUGCCUUUGCGGGAUUCUGGUCUGCCGUCGUCUUCGCAGAUGUGUCGUUGCCUGCGCCCUUGGACGACUGGGGCGUCAUCAAAGGCCUCUUGCUGCGCCAUUUCCGCUGGUGGAGCACAAAACACGACAUGUUCAAUGUCGAUGGCACCCUGACCAUUGGGUUUGCGUAUCCCAACAUGUUCCUCAGCGAAGACUACAACAGCCCGCAGUCUCCGUACUGGGCCACCAAAGCCCUGCUUGCGCUCGCCAUGCCCGAAUCCCAUCCCUUCUGGCUGGCCGAGGAAAAACCCCUACCACAUACCGGCAAUGCAGUCGUGCCCGUCCGGCCGCCCAUGCACAUUCUGUGCCAGCAGCGCAACCACCACUUCCUGCUGUCCACCGGCCAGUUCUGCCCGUGGCCGCUCAAAGCCACAGAAGCCAAGUACGGCAAAUACGCCUACUCGUCGCACUUUGGCUUCAGCGUGCCCACAGGCCCCUUGAUCCAGCAAAUGGCCCCCGACAGCACGCUCGCCCUGAGCAAAGACGGCGGCGAUACUUGGCGCGUGCCGUGGAAAGUCUCGGCACCCGCGUUUCACAACAACAAUGAUAACGAUAUCCUUGCCAUAAAGCUUGUGCGGGACGGCCAGAUAGCCGAAAGUAUAUCGGCCAUGUCGAGCUCCUGGAAGCCGUGGGCUGACGCUGACGUUGUCGUGCGCACGCUGCUUAUUGCGCCGUGCUCGCGCUGGCCCGACUGGUAUAUCCGAUGGCACACUAUUUGGAAUCCCGCGCCGCACACCGUCAAGCUGCACGCUGUCCAGGGCGGUUUUGCAAUCCAGGGCCGUGGCCACAGCCGAGGUGAAGUCCUACCUGCUUUUAGUCAUGUAUCCCAGCUCAAGGCUGCGGCGCACAACAAGCCGCAUCCCGAAGGUACUGUUGUUGUACAUGAAGACGCGGCGGCGUCGACGCUCAUUUGCUCGGAUGCCGGUGCAAGCGGUAUACGGGCUUUGCAUCUCCGGCGUGGGGAAAAUGGACAGCGUCCUGUUGAAGAACGUGCCGAGGUCCUCAAGCCAGAUGCUAAUACCAAUUUGAUAUGGCAACGCACCCUCAUACCCACGCUGCAUGCACAAGCCACAGCUGAUGCAGAACCUGUGCAGUUUGGCAGCGCAGUGUUUGCACUAGCACGGACAGACGACAGAGCAGAUGCAUAUGCAGCGCUGGAUACAGAGAGCCUGUGGAUGGAUAUGCCCGUUAUCGCGACAGCCAAAGAAGAGCCAGGCACAAAGGGGUGGUAUAUCAGCAUCCCAGAUGCUAACAGCUGGAGACCUUGA